AGCAGCCGCCGCCGCCGCCGCAGAGCCCUGGGAGCUGAUGGAGCAAUGGUCAGAAGAGGCAGAAGUGGAUGUGAGAGACAGACACACACAGAGACACAGAGAGCGAAAGAGGGCAAGAGACUUGACUUUAAGAGACUCCUGCACUGACAACUCCAUGCAGUUCGGAACAAGAACGGCAGCGACCGACUCUGGUUUCAUGGGGACAUGGCAGAACACUGACACUAACCUCUUAUUCAGAAUGUCCCAACAGGCCAUCCGCUGUACACUGGUAAAUUGCACAUGUGAAUGUUUUCAGCCAGGGAAGAUUAACCUGAGAACCUGUGAUCAGUGUAAACAUGGCUGGGUGGCACAUGCCUUGGACAAACUUAGUACUCAGCACCUCUACCACCCAACCCAAGUGGAGAUUGUGCAGUCCAAUGUUGUGUUUGACAUCAGCAGCCUGAUGCUCUACGGUACUCAGGCUGUGCCUGUGAGACUGAAGAUACUGCUUGACCGACUCUUCAGUGUACUGAAGCAAGAGGAGGUGUUGCAUAUUCUACAUGGCUUAGGCUGGACACUUCGAGACUAUGUUCGAGGCUACAUUCUUCAGGAUGCUGCAGGCAAGGUGCUGGACCGCUGGGCCAUCAUGUCCAGGGAAGAAGAGAUCAUUACCCUUCAGCAGUUCCUGAGAUUUGGAGAAACGAAAUCUAUCGUGGAGCUGAUGGCAAUUCAAGAGAAAGAAGGGCAGGCUGUGGCUGUGCCAUCUUCAAAGACAGAUUCAGAUAUAAGGACUUUUAUUGAAAGCAAUAAUCGCACCAGGAGCCCAAGUCUCCUUGCUCACCUGGAGAACAGCAACCCUUCAAGCAUUCAUCAUUUUGAAAACAUCCCGAAUAGCCUUGCAUUCCUGCUUCCAUUCCAGUACAUAAAUCCAGUCUCUGCUCCACUGCUGGGGCUGCCUCCAAAUGGCCUCCUGCUGGAACAGCCAGCAAUGAGGCUCCGUGAACCAAGCCUUACAACCCAAAAUGAAUAUAAUGAGAGCAGUGAAUCUGAAGUUUCCCCUACGCCUUUCAAGAAUGAGCAAGCAUCCAGCAGGAAUGCUUUGACCAGUAUCACAAAUGUGGAGCCCAAAACUGAGCCAGCCUGUGUCUCUCCUGUUCAAACACCUACACCAGUCAAUGACUUAUCGAAAACGGAGCACACAAAAAGCUCAUUCCGAAUUCACAGAAUGAGGAGAAUGGGGUCAGCCUCAAGGAAAGGAAGAGUGUUUUGCAAUGCAUGUGGCAAAACAUUCUAUGACAAAGGUACUCUUAAAAUCCACUACAAUGCUGUGCACCUGAAAAUCAAGCAUCGAUGCACUAUUGAAGGCUGCAAUAUGGUCUUCAGCUCUCUUAGAAGCCGCAAUCGCCACAGUGCUAACCCAAAUCCUCGCCUCCACAUGCCUAUGCUAAGGAAUAACCGUGACAAAGAUCUAAUUCGUGCUACAUCAGGUGCUGCCACUCCUGUCAUAGCAAGUACAAAAUCCAACCUCACUUUAACAAGCCCUGGACGUCCACCGAUGGGGUUUACCACUCCCCCUCUAGACCCGGUACUACAGAACCCUCUUCCCAGUCAGCUGGUCUUCCCAGCUUUAAAGACUGUUCAACCUGUUCCUCCUUUUUACAGAAAUUUACUUACUCCUGGAGAGAUGGUGAGUCCUCCAACCUCACUCCCAACCAGUCCCAUAAUACCAGCUGUGAGUGGCAUGGAGCAGCAUCCCCCUCCUCCUUCGGAGUCAUCGGUACCUUCAGUGUUGAUGCCCACCCCAGAGCCCAAUGCAGACCUUGCCCCCAAGAAGAAGCCAAGGAAGUCAAGCAUGCCAGUUAAAAUUGAAAAGGAAAUUAUUGACACUGCUGAUGAGUUUGAUGAUGAAGAUGAAGAGGUGAAUGACAGGAGCACAAUGGUGAAUGACAUUGGUCAUGACAAUCACUGCCAUUCUCAGGAGGAAAUGAGCCCAGGCCUGUCUGUGAAAGACUUUUCCAAAAGUGACAGAAACAGAUGUAUAUCCAGACCAGACAUAAGAAGGGCAGACAGCAUGACAUCAGAAGACCAGGAGCAUGAAAGAGAUUAUGAAAAUGAGUCAGAGUCAUCAGAGCCCAAAUUGUGUGAAGAAUCGCUGGAAGGUGAUGAUCGCCUCCAUGAACCUGGUGAAAAAUCUAUGAUGCACAGUGACCGACCAGAUGAAAACCACAAUGACUCUUCCAACCAGGAUGUCAUUAAGGUGAAGGAAGAGUAUACAGACCCUACAUAUGAUAUGUUCUAUAUGAGCCAAUAUGGACUGUACAAUGGAAGCAGUGCCAGUAUGGCUGCUCUUCAUGAAAGUUUUGCUUCUACAUUCAACUACAGCAGCCCUCAGAAGUUCUCCCCAGAAGGUGAAAUGUGCUCCAGCCCAGACCCCAAGAUCUGCUAUGUUUGCAAGAAAAGUUUCAAGAGUUCCUACAGUGUGAAGCUUCACUACCGAAACGUUCAUUUAAAAGAGAUGCAUGUCUGCACAGUGGCUGGCUGUAAUGCUGCGUUCCCAUCACGGAGAAGCAGAGACAGACACAGUGCUAACAUAAACCUGCACCGUAAACUGUUGACCAAAGAACUGGAUGACAUGGGCUUGGACACUUCACAGCCUUCUCUUAGUAAGGACCUUCGCGAUGAAUUUUUGGUGAAGAUAUAUGGCGCUCAGCAUCAGAUGGGGCUUGACAUAAGGGAAGACACCUCCUCGCCUGCUGGUACUGAGGAUUCCCACAUGAAUGGGUACGGCAGGGGCAUGGCAGAAGACUAUAUGGUACUAGACUUGAGCACCACCUCCAGCAUCCAGUCCAGCAGCAGUAUCCAUUCCUCAAGAGAAUCUGACGCAGGAAGCGAUGAGGGUAUUCUCCUGGAUGACGUCGAUGGGGCAAGUGACAGCGGGGAAUCUGCCCACAAAGCAGAUGCCCCUGCCUUAGCUGUAGGUAUGGGCACCGAUGUCCCAGGAUCCCUCAUGUUCAACAGCGUUUCGGUGAGCAACGGUGGGAUAAUGUGUAACAUUUGCCACAAAAUGUAUAGCAACAAGGGAACCCUCAGAGUGCACUAUAAAACAGUGCACUUGCGAGAAAUGCACAAGUGCAAAGUCCCUGGGUGCAACAUGAUGUUCUCCUCUGUCCGUAGCCGAAACCGGCACAGCCAGAACCCCAAUCUUCAUAAAAACAUUCCUUUCACGUCAGUAGAUUAGGUCACGGAUGGACACGGCAUAAUGCCAGCUCUCAGAGAGGGCCCACUACAUCUGAACUGCCAUAUACAGUCUCCCUUUAUAUAUGUAUAUGUAUAUGUAUAUGUAUAUGUAUAUGUAUAUGUAUAUGUAUAUGUAUAUGUAUAUGUAUAUGUAUAUGUAUAUGCAUAUGCAUAUGUAUAUGUAUAUAUGUGUGUAUAUAUAUAUCUAUAUCUAUACACACAUACAUAAAUAUACAUAUAGAUAUAUAGUUUUUUCUUUUUUUAGCAAAAGAAAGAAACACCAGGUGCUUUCUCCCCUUUGUCAGUUGUUGGGGUUUUUUUUCCUUUUUUUUUAAUAGAAACAAAAACAUAGGACCUUUAAUUUGCGGGAAGAGAUCCUUCAUUAAAAAACAAACAAAAAUAAGCAAACAAUCAAAAACCAAACAGAAAACAUGCAGUUGUCCCUAGUUCUGUUAGAAUGUUCUUGGUCAUCUCCAAAGAGACAGUUUGAUCUUCCUUUAACUUUUGCCUGAAACAAAAAAAAAAAAACAAAAACCACAAAAAAGAACAAAAAAAAACCUUAAACAAACAAAAAAAAGUACAAAAAAACACAUAAAAAGUCCCCCCAAAAACACAAAAAAAAUGCAAACAAACAAAAAGAGAAAGAAAAAACAAUCUACUUAGUUGUCUUUGUGUUUUCUAAGCAUUGGGGAUAACGUUCUACUAAGCAUGGCUGUUACACUUGUAUAUAUAUAUUGAGCCUUGACAGGCCUAUGAUGUAAAACAAUUGUAUUGAUGGUGGUUUAACUCUAAUUUUUUUUGCUUAAUUUUUACAGUUACAUUCAGCUGUUAGAUAAGCAGGAAAAAUAGUUUGCUGCCUAGUUUUACUCAUUUAUGUUAGCUUUAAUGCACAUUUUUAAAAGAACCACGGUCUUGUUUUAACUACCUGCUAGAUAUAAGUACUACAGAGGUGCUGGCAUGCUUUACAGUACCUGAUUUGAUACAGUUUUUUUGUCUUGUACUAUUACAUAAAUCCAGUCAUGCACUUUUUCGUACACUACAAGGGGAUGUGUAAUAAUAUCCAUGCUUUUUUUUUUCUUAAACUAUUGCCAUAUUUUCAGUAAGUGUCUUUAAAAAAAAAUACACUUAGAUAAAAGUGAUCUGGUCAGUAUGAGGGCAUGAAUGCCAAACAAAGAGUAUUAGUGUUUAGUGUUAAUACAAAAGUGCCAACUUUGCACACAUUUUGAAAAAAGAAAAUGUAGUUAUUCACCAUAACCACAGUUGUAGUUUUUGGGCUACACACAGAAAAAUACUGGGGAGGGAAAAGGGGUAAAGUGAAAUACAGAAUUCUUGGUGCUUUUUUCAAGUGCCAAUUAUUACUAGAAACAAUAGUGCAUCCUUAUUCCUUAUAAACUACAUUGCAUAAAAGAAAAAAAAACCAGAAUUUUGUCAUGUGAACCAGUAGAAUUUUUUUUUGUCAAACAUGCAUAAUAUUUGGGGAUAUAAAUGCUGAUACUACUUGUCACAGAACAAAGAUGAAUAUAAUUUUGUGUGCUUCUUAUUAUAGCCUGGAUUUUUGUGGUGUUUAAAAAAAAAAAUCAAAAUGAACAGGGAAAUAAUGUUAACUAUGUUGUUCUGUAAAGUUGUCUUUUUUGCAAUGGAAAGUGCUGUAGUAUGAUUAAGGCAUGUUUUAUAGAAGCAAUCAAGAGAAAUUAAUGGCAGAAGCACUUAGUAGCUCUGAAAACAUAUGCUGGACUUUUUAUUGGGUAACUUUCCCUUUGGAUAAAAUUAGAAGACAGAGAAAAAGGAUGUCUAGUUGUGUUUAUGUUUUGUGUUUCACUCGCAUGAUUUGUCAGAAAAUAACAAAAGUGCAAGAAAUAUAGUGAGCAAGAGAGCGAGCACAACCAGGAGACAGAGAAGGAGCGAGCAGUUGAGAAAGGCAGAGAGAAAGGAGGCUGCCCUCUGAAUUUUUUUGUUUCCGGUGUUUACACAUGUUGCUUGAGCUGGUAAACCACACUGGCAGCCUUAGUUACCACAACAUACUGACUGAGGGAUGGUAUUUACUUAAGCUCAAUCUACAGCCAAAGCCAUUAGGAUGUGUGUUGUAGUCUCUUUUCUUUACAAAACGAAUAACAAUAACAAAAGCAAAAACAAACAAACAAACCCCCAAGGGAUAUUUCAGCAUACAAUAAAAUAUUCUUUCAGUGAGAAUGUGUUCCUUUUCUGUAUUUACUGACCCAGAACAUUAUUUUUCUUAGCAGAAUCAGAAAUGCUCCAUUGUUUCAGCU